CAAGAAGCGGCCGUGGGAAGCAGUAAUCAAGAAGUUCCGAAGACGAGCACCAAAAGAUGCGAUCCACGGACGUGAGGAAUUAAAAGAGCGAUGGGAGCUAAUUCCGCCCAACCUUCCCAAGUAUAAAGCAGAACUAAAGCAAAGGGGUGAAGUGAAGGAGAGUGGGACCAUCCGGGCACAAGCGCGAGCAGGCUCCAGGGCAAGUGCUUCCAACGUUGAGCCACAAGAGGGAGAAAAAAACAACCAAGGCAAACGGGCGGCCAAGCAGCAACCGGCAUUAGGGUCGUCGUCUUCACUUAGGCCGACACUGUCAGAAACGAUGGAGUCCCACCUGGGUUCCGAGCCCCCGAAGUGUUUCUCCCGUUUGGCCGCGAGCGCCGCCAGGAACGGAGGAGGGGAGGAGGAAGAAGAGAAAGCGAGAACUCCGAGGACCCCCGCCGCGCGCCCCCGCCAGUGGAGGGAAGGGGACUGGGAGACAGGGGGCGCUCGAGGGCAGCAGACGACGCGCGCCUCCAGGCCACGCGUUACCCUAGGCAACCAGCCGAGACUUUGGGAUGAUUGUAGAACCGAGUGGGAAGGGAGCGGGAGGCGGUGGAAGGAAGGGGAAGGGCCGGCCAAGAUGGCGGACGACCUGGACGAAUUGUUGGAUGAGGUGGAGUCCAAGUUUUGCAGACCUAAAUCCUUGAGUCCGAGACCUCUGGAGCGGCCGCCGGGGAGGGGCAACACAUUGGGAAGCAGCAGGAACAGCACCGACCGGGACACGGAGGACUACGACUAUGACGAUGAGUACGACGACGACGACGAUGAUGACGACGACGACGACGAUGAUGACGACCUCAGAUCAACUAAAAUAUUAUUGAAAGCUGAUGAUGAUCUUGAUGGUCUAAUUAAUGAAAUCUUUGAAGAGCCCUGUUUUGACAAAAAACCUAUUAACUUAAAAUCUAAAUCUUCAAAUCACACAUCUGUCAGAACCUCCAUUCAAGUACUUGGAAAAAGAUGCAGUCCAGUAUACAUUGGAGGAAGUUCUACUCCAUGUGGUAUAGGAACAAAUACUUCCCAGAGAACAUGUGACCAGUUGCGGUGUACAGCCUGUGAUUUCCGUGUGUUAAAUUUUGAUGAUUACAUAUGGGACAAAUCCUGUGAUUAUCUGUUUUUCAGGAACAACAUGCCUGAGUUCAACAAACUGAAAGCAAAAAUGACAAAGCGGAAAGGGACACGGGCCUAUGCUUGUCAGUGCAGUUGGAGAAAUGUAGAAGAACUCACUGACCUUCAGACUGAUCAGCAGCUUCGAUGGGUUUGUGGUAAACAUAAUGAAUGAAGUUUUCUCACCUUUCAGCCAGUUAUUAUAGAAAGGCCAGCAUUUAUGGAAGCAGACUCUGGAAUGAUUUUAUAGUUAAGAAAGGAAGACAACUGUUAUCAUAUGUGUCUCUUAGCAAAAGACAGUGGAACUAUUUGACUGAGUAAAUUUUUUAAAUUUCCAAAGUCCAAUGGGUUGGGAAAGAUAAUCAGGCUUUAAUACUUUAGAAUCAUUCUUUACUCCUUACUAAUAUGUGUGAGUAUAGCCUAUAAUAAGGAAGAUCACAAGGUAAACUUCUCAUUUCUUGCGACUGAUGUUUGCCCUCCUCUCUGUCUCUUUUUAGGCUACAUGAUGUUCUUCUAGCAUCAAGUAUUUAUAAAAUAUUUCAUAUUUUAUAUAUAUGAAAUAUAUCUACAUAUAUGAAAUACAUAUAUUAAAUAUAUACAUUUACAUAUAUACAUAUAUCAUUUCUCCCCAAUUACAUGUUAAAACAAUUUUUAAAGUUUUGAGUUCUACAAUAACAUAAGUGGCAUCUAAUUAAAUACUGUUUAUAUAUAUCAAAAUUAAAGAAAUGCUGACCAUUGUCCACACACACAGAAGGCCCUUGUUCUAAACCUUGUGUGUGUUAGUAUCAUCCAUAUUUAUCUAAUCUAAUGUUGCCAAAGACUAUAAGAAGAUAUAGCAGAAAUCAGAUUAACUGUGAUUUUUUGCCCAGCUGAUGUUGUCUCAUCAUCUCUAGAGGCAUUUUAUAGAAUUCUCAAAUAGAUUUACCCAUUUUUGGUGUAAUAACUGUUUUCAUCCUGGUCACUUUCACACUUUACAUUUAUAUCUGAAAAACAUCUUUGGAUGGGUCAUUUUAAUUGUACAUGCUUAUUUCAAUGUAAGAAUUUUCAGGAAACCAAAAACCACAAAUAUUCAUCAAAAACAUAGUAUAUAAGUACAAUAACAGCAAAUGGAUGCUUUGGUUUUCAUUUUAUAGGUACUUUCUAGCAUUUGACAUGAAUUUGCCAAUGGAUUGCUUUUUAGUUGUGAACUAGAGACUAGAAAUUAGAAAAGGAACUAAUAACACUUCAUCUGUCAUCAUGAAGAGAUCUUUCGUCCCUCCUUCCAUAGUCAUUAGCUGAAGAGGGAAGUAUUAGAGAUACUGAGAUAAAUCUAGAAACUUCCUAAUUUUAUUUGUAAUCCAAUCAAAAAGAUUUCUUACCAAUAGGAUUCUUAAAUAUCUAGCUCAUGGAACUCUAGAAAAACCAGAAUAAUCUUUCAUGGUACUCUUACUUUAUCUGAAGAAAAAAAAUGCAUCUGAUCAUAAAAUUUUUCCUAGCCAUCACAAUGAUGUACAAAAUGCUAAAGUUACUCUAUUGAUAAAAGUUAGUAUACAGCUAAAUUGAAAAUCUGGUGAAGAUAUCCAGUCUACAAGUUUUUUAAAGGCUAUUUUUAUUGCUUGAAAAUUUUUUCAGUCUAAAAAGAAAAGUAUUAUAAAUAUAUUUGUUAAAAAGAAAACUCAGUGAAGCCACUUUCCCACAUAAUAGCAGACUCAAAAACAUAUACAAGGAUUAGUGUAGACUUAUUAGAUAUGUAAGUUAUAAAAGUAUCAAUUAAAAGUCACUGUUCGGGAUUUUUUAGAUAUAAUAGAAGUUUCUUUUACUACAAUUUUUAUUUGAAAAAGUUACUUUGUUCAAAUUUUGGGGCCCCAUCUUCAUUUUUUUUUGUUUCCCACUACUCUGGUAUACCUGACCUAUGCCUUCAAAUAACCAACAAAUUAUUAACAUUCAGCAAAUGAAUUAAUAAUAUCCCAAAACAAAUAGUUUGUAGUUCUCAUAAGCUUUUUAGUACUGUCUUAUUUUGUAUCUAAGAUAUGGAUAAAGCAUUGUUAUUAUAUUUAUGUAUAAAUGGUUAUUAUAGGCUUAUAAUCUGAUUUAAAAUUUAGUAUCAAUAUAAAAUAAAAGUUGAAUUUCUCCAUAUUGAUAGCAAAAUAGAUUUUAAAACCAUCUCCAGAUGUCCUACCAAAAUGUUUGCUGAAUUUUAGAAACUUUUCUCUUUGCCUAUGUGUAUCUUGUACCAAAAAAAAAAAAAGCCAGUCACCUCAUUCUGUGCACUCAGAACUUCAUUCUUUCUCAAUAACACAUCAAAAAUAAAUGUCAUACUCUGUUUGUUCUUAUUUUCUAUAUUAUUCAAUAAAGAUAGUACUGUAAGAGUUAA